UUUGAUUACAGGAAUACAUUUGCAUGUGUGACACUGGAUGUAUUGACCACUUUCUCUACUUUGGAAUAUGAAGCCUAACUUCAGCAUCUCAACAUUUGUUGUGGUAGCAGCAAUUUUGUGCUGCUUGAUGUCAUCAACAGAGGCAGAUAGCAAACCAAACUUUAUGAAAACCCCUGAAGAUCAGAUUGGGAUUUCUGGUGGUGUUGCCUCCUUUGUAUGUCAAGCAACAGGCGAACCAAAACCACGUAUCACUUGGAUGAAGAAAGGAAAAAAGGUCAGCUCCCAGCGAUUUGAGGUUAUUGAAUUUGAUGAUGGAUCUGGAUCAGUUCUGCGGAUUCAACCACUACGUGUCCUUCGGGAUGAAGCAAUUUAUGAGUGCAUGGCUACCAGCAGUGUUGGCGAGAUAAACACUAGUGCCAAGCUUACAGUAUUAGAAGAGAAUCAACUUCCUCCUGGCUUUCCAACUAUAGAUAUGGGCCCCCAACUCAAGGUAGUAGAGAAGGCCCGCACUGCUACAAUGCUAUGUGCUGCCAGCGGCAAUCCUGACCCCGAAAUCUCCUGGUACAAAGAUUUCCUUCCGGUGGACAUAGCUGCUAGCAAUGGCAGAAUCAAACAGCUUCGUUCAGGGGCUCUCCAAAUUGAAAACAGCGAGGAGUCGGAUCAAGGCAAAUAUGAAUGUGUCGCUACAAACAGUGCAGGGACCCGUUACUCUGCUCCAGCAAACCUUUAUGUGCGAGUGCGGCGAGUAUCUCCUCGAUUUUCAAUCCCUCCAAGCAACCAUGAGGUGAUGCCUGGAGGGAGUGUGAACCUCACAUGUGUAGCAGUGGGGUCUCCAAUGCCGUAUGUGAAGUGGAUUGUUGGAGAUGUGGAAUUAACAAAAGAAGAUGACAUGCCAAUGGGCAGGAAUGUUCUAGAACUGAUCAAUAUUACACAAUCAGCCAACUAUACAUGUGAAGCCAUGUCCUCACUGGGAGUAAUCCAUGCAACAGCACAGAUUACUGUCAAAGCUCUGCCAAAGCCCCCAACAGAACCAUUAGUGACUGAGACAACAGCCACCAGUGUUACUCUCACCUGGGACUCUGGGAAUGCAGACCCCAUCUCCUAUUAUGUCAUCCAAUAUAAGCCUAAAUCUUUGGAGGGAACGUUCCAAGAAGUGGAUGGUGUGGCCACCACCCGCUAUAGUAUUGGUGGCCUAAGCCCCUUCUCAGAAUAUGAGUUUCGCAUUAUUGCUGUAAACAACAUUGGAAGGAGCCUUCCUAGUGAACUGGUUGAGGCACGGACAGGAGAACAAGCUCCAUCAAGCCCACCUCUCAAAGUGCAGGCGCGGAUGCUCAGUGCUAGCACUAUGCUGGUCCAGUGGGAACAACCUGAAGAGCCUAAUGGACUGAUUCGAGGCUACCGGGUAUACUACACCACUGAUCCCCAUCUACCACUCAGCAUGUGGCAGAAGCACAACACUGAUGACAGUCAUCUCACCACUGUGGGCAGUUUGAUAACUGAGACUACAUAUAGUAUCCGUGUCUUGGCUUUCACCUCAGUAGGCGAUGGCCCCCCUUCUGAUGUUAUUCAAGUCAAGACCCAGCAGGGUGUUCCAGCCCAACCAGCAGACUUCCAAGCUGAGGCUGAGUCAGACACACGGAUCAUGUUGUCUUGGCUGCCAGCCUCUCAAGAGCGCAUCACCAAGUAUGAGCUGAUAUACUGGGAGGGAACAAAUGGGAUCCAGCAUAAGGUGGAAUUUGACCAGACUUCAUCUUAUGCAGUUGAAGGGCUCAAGCCAGACACACUCUACAAAUUUCAACUAGGAGCCUGGUCUGAGCAGGGACUAGGAGUCCUUACUCCAAUUUUGGAAGCUCGGACAGCACAGUCCACCCCUUCUGCCCCACCCCAAGAGGUCACAUGUGUAAGCAUCAGCUCUACCACCAUCCGGGUAAGUUGGGUACCACCACCGGCUCAGAGCCGCAAUGGAGUCAUCACGCAAUAUUCCAUCGCGUACCAGGCAGUGGAAGGAGAGGACAACACCAAGCAUGUGGUUGAGGGCAUUGGACACGAGCACUCCAGCUGGGAGAUCAGCAACUUGGAGAAGUGGACAGAGUACAAAGUGUGGGUGAGGGCCCACACAGAUGUUGGUCCUGGACCAGAGAGCAUCCCUGUCUCUGUUCGCACUGAUGAAGACGUGCCCAGUGCUCCCCCACGGAAAGUGGAGGUAGAGUCAGUGAACUCAACAGCAAUUCGUGUUUCCUGGAAAUCACCCAUCUCCAACAAACAGCAUGGCCAAAUUCGAGGUUACCAAGUCACCUAUGUAAAAAUGGAGAACAAUGAACCAGUUGGACCACAUGUCAUCAAAGAUGUCAUGGUAGCAGAAUCCCAGUUGAGGCUUAAGGACUCUGCUGACCACGAAACCAUCAUAGGGGGCCUUUUAGCAGAAACGACCUAUUCUGUCAGCAUCGCAGCCUAUACCACUAAAGGGGAUGGGGCCCGCAGCAAAGCCAAAGUGAUUGCUACAACUGGAGCAGUCCCAGGCAAACCUACUAUGAUGAUCAGUACAACAUCUAUGAACACUGCUCUAAUCAAUUGGCUCCCGCCCAAAGAGAUGGUUGGAGAGCUCCUGGGCUACAUGCUGCGAUACAAAUGUGCCGAUGAAGAGAAGAUGAUAGUAAUUCAGUUUGGAAAAGAUGACGAUCACUACACCGUGACCAAACUUUACAAGGGUGCCACUUACAUCUUCAAAUUGUCUGCAAAGAAUAGGGCAGGUCCUGGGGAGGAGUUUGAGAAGGAAAUAAGUACUCCAGAGGAGCCACCAAGUGGCUUCCCUCAGAACCUGGAGGUGGUUGGGCUUACCACCUCUACCACUAAAGUGACCUGGAAUCCACCACUGCUGGCUGAGAGGAAUGGAAGAAUUACCAACUAUACAGUUGUAUACAGAGACAUAAACAGCCAGCAAAACCUGACCAAUGUUACUAAGGAACAAAGUAUCACUCUGACCAAUCUCAAAUCUGAUACAACUUACGACAUCAAAGUUAGAGCCCACACUAGCAAGGGAGCGGGACCUCUGAGCCCCAGCAUUCAGUCAAGGACGAUGCCAAUGGAACAAGUGUUCGCAAAGAAUUUCCGUGUCAGUGCAGUGAUGAAAACCUCAGUGCUACUUUGUUGGGAAGUGCCUGAUUCUUAUAAAUCGGCAGUACCAUUCAAGAUUUUAUACAAUGGGCAGACAGUGGAGGUAGAUGGACAUUCUAUGAAGAAGCUGAUUAAUGAUUUGCAGCCAGACACAAAUUAUUCCUUUGCACUUACAAACCGGGGAAGUAGUGCAGGCGCAUUGCAACAUCGGGUCUUCAUCCGGACAUCACCUGAUGUUUUCCAGACAAAGCCUGGUUCCACAUACAAAUAUAUCCAUAAUGGACAGUUCACCCUCACCCUCCCCAAAGUGAAGACUUCUGUGCCAGUCAGGUCGUACUACAUUGUGGUGGUACCAAUAGAGCACACAAGCAGCAUGCUUGCCUCCAAACGGAAGAGUCCAGAUGAGAUGGAACUGGACCAGAAGAAGUAUGCAGCCAGUCCCUACUCAGAUGAGAUUGUGAUGGAGGUAUCACCAAAGCAGCAAGAUGAACCAGAGAUGCUGUGGGUGAUGGGGCCUGUCCUUGCGGUCAUCUUAAUUAUCAUUAUUGUUAUUGCUAUCCUACUCUUCAAAAGGAAAAGGGCCAAUUCACCCUCAUCCAAGGAUGAACAUUCCAUUGGCCUGAAGGACUCCUUGCUGGCCCACUCCUCUGACCCUGUUGAAAUGAGGCGACUUAACUACCAAACCCCAGGUGCCAGUGGCCCCAGUUGCCCGAACAUAUCAAGCAUGCGUGACCAUCCUCCCAUUCCAGUAACUGACCUUGCUGACAAUAUUGACAGACUGAAAGCCAACGAUGGACUGAAAUUCUCCCAGGAAUAUGAGUCCAUUGAUCCUGGGCAGCAGUUCACCUGGGAGAACUCCAACUUGGAAGUGAAUAAACCAAAGAAUCGCUAUGCAAAUGUGAUUGCCUAUGAUCACUCUCGGGUCAUCUUGACCUCUAUUGAUGGGGUCCCUGGAAGUGACUACAUCAAUGCCAAUUACAUUGAUGGCUACCGCAAACAGAACGCUUACAUUGCUACACAGGGGCCCUUGCCUGAGACACUCAGUGACUUCUGGAGAAUGGUAUGGGAGCAACGUACAGCAACAAUCGUCAUGAUGACACGACUGGAGGAAAAGUCUCGGGUGAAAUGUGAUCAGUACUGGCCUGGACGUGGUACAGAGACCUAUGGGUUGAUCCAAGUUACUUUGCUGGAUACGGUUGAACUUGCAACUUAUACAGUCCGAACAUUUGCCCUGUACAAGAAUGGCUCCAGCGAAAAACGGGAACUGCGACAGUUUCAGUUUAUGGCUUGGCCUGACCAUGGUGUGCCAGAAUAUCCUACUCCUAUUUUAGCAUUCUUAAGACGAGUGAAAGCAUGCAAUCCUCCAGAUGCUGGACCGGUGGUUGUACAUUGCAGUGCUGGUGUAGGCAGAACAGGCUGCUUCAUUGUAAUUGAUGCCAUGCUUGAGAGGAUGAAGCAUGAAAAGACAGUGGACAUCUAUGGGCAUGUGACAUGCAUGCGCUCACAAAGAAACUAUAUGGUGCAGACUGAGGAUCAAUAUAUCUUCAUCCACGAAGCCUUGCUAGAAGCAGCCACUUGUGGAAACACCGAGGUGCCUGCCCGCAAUCUCUUUGCCCACAUCCAGAAACUAAGUCAGGUACCUCCAGGUGAGAGUGUCACAGCAAUGGAACUGGAGUUUAAGCUCCUUGCCAAUUCCAAAGCACAUACCUCACGAUUCAUCAGUGCCAAUCUUCCAUGCAACAAAUUCAAAAACCGCCUAGUGAAUAUCAUGCCCUAUGAAUUGACACGGGUUUGCCUGCAGCCAAUCCGGGGUGUUGAAGGCUCAGAUUAUAUCAAUGCUAGCUUUGUAGAUGGUUACAGACAACAGAAGGCUUACAUCGCCACACAGGGACCUUUGGCUGAGACUACAGAGGAUUUCUGGAGAAUGCUGUGGGAACACAACUCCACCAUUGUAGUGAUGUUGACAAAACUGCGAGAAAUGGGGCGGGAAAAAUGCCACCAGUACUGGCCAGCAGAACGCUCUGCUCGGUACCAGUAUUUUGUAGUGGAUCCCAUGGCUGAAUAUAACAUGCCUCAAUAUAUCCUUCGUGAGUUUAAAGUCACUGAUGCUAGAGAUGGGCAAUCAAGAACUAUCCGGCAAUUCCAGUUCACUGAUUGGCCGGAGCAGGGAGUACCAAAAACAGGUGAAGGCUUUAUUGACUUCAUUGGCCAAGUACAUAAAACUAAGGAGCAGUUUGGCCAGGAUGGGCCCAUCACAGUACACUGCAGUGCGGGGGUCGGACGUACAGGGGUGUUCAUCACAUUGAGUAUUGUACUGGAGCGUAUGCGCUAUGAAGGUGUAGUUGAUAUGUUCCAGACAGUGAAGACCCUGAGAACACAGCGACCAGCCAUGGUGCAGACAGAGGACCAGUAUCAGCUGUGUUAUCGGGCUGCUCUGGAGUAUCUUGGCAGCUUUGAUCACUAUGCAACGUAACUAGUGCUUUCGACAAGUUGCAGCAGGAAUGUCUAAGUGCAGAGACGGGUUCUUCCCAGCCAGCCGCCCAUUUGUUAAUCCUUCUGUGCAGAUGCUGCUGUUGCGGCAACAGCCUCCCCAUGACCAACCAGUUUUGACCACAGUAUUUAGGUACAUUGCCACCAUGCUAAAAAUGGGACCAUCUUCUCACAUUUCCAAGCACCAGAUGGAUUUACGUUAAUACCUACACUCCUUAUCCUCCUCCUUCUCCUCCCUCCACCACCCCAAUAACAUUUCAUGGUGAGGGUCACUAGGUGGAAGGGACAGAAUUUUUUAUAUAUGUAAAAUAGUUAACUAGCCUUUUAUAUCUUUUCUUUUUUUAAAAAUUAUUUUGCAAAUCUUAAUGUUUUGCUCAGGCAAAACAGGAGAAUAGAGGUGGUGGGGUUUGAAUUUUCCUUUGCUUUCCCCCUCUCCCCCCCUUUAUGUUGUCUCAACCAUAGUGGUGCUGCCCAUUUUCGGGCACUCCCAGGUUAACAUUAGCACCUGGCUCAUAGCUCUGGGAUCCUCCAACUCCCUCUUCAGUCCUUUGUAGAAUAUUCAUUUCCACAGAGUUGGAGCCAACCUAAUUCCAAAGUCUUUUUUUCCCAUAGGCUUGUCUGUCAGAUGGGGCUCUAGUAGUCAGAUCAGAUGCUUGAUCCUAUUGACAUGUGUCCAGUGACCUCAUAUAUUUCAACAGAUUCCAUGUAAACUUUCUAAUGGAAAGAGAGACCCACUGCCCUCAGAGCUUGUCUUGUUGAAAUGGGAGGAAAUGUGGCAUUGUUGCCACACAGUCAAGUUCUAAAAAGGGACCUCACCAUAACAUCCCUUUAUUUAGUCCUUUUUGUGCCAAUAGCAUCCUAACGUGUGGUUACAUAGAAAAUGUGGCCAACAAAGUGUAUCAGAGUAUUUUCCAAGGUAAAAGAGCACAACUCUGGAAGGCCAGCCUUCCUGCACAAACAGCUCCCGAAUGGGGGUGCCUUGGCUAUAGGAGGGGGAGAAGGAUUGGGGGUUUUCAAGUAAGGAAAUCACUUCUUAAGAGGCUGGGUUUGGGUCUAAAUCUUGCUAUCCUGUAAACAUUUAAAAGUCAUUAGAAUGCUGUUAUUUUCAAUUAUAUAAAGAUGGUUUAAUUAACCAAUGUGGCAAGACUACUGGAAUUAAUUUAAUGGUAUUAUAUAUUAUUCCUCUUUAUUAACUUACACUUGCACUAAAGGCAGGAAGAUUACAGCCUUCUCCCAGGUGCAUAGCUCUAAAAAUAAAGGUGGUGGAAAGGUCUCUAACUGUAUUAUCCAAUGUAUCCAAACUGCAUUGAAAUCAACAAUCCUGGGUGGUGAUGUUGGAGAGAACAUUCAUUUUUACCUUGUGAUAGCAUAGUGCUGUAGGGGUCACUGUUGUAUACAGUCUGUUUUCUAUUUGUUAAUAAAGUUCUACAGCAUCAUUGCAUAAUUCUUGAUGUUAAUAAAUUUGAAUAAUCAGGUUUCCUA